AUGCAUGAUGCUCGUCUAAAGCAAGCUGUCUGCAACACGGUACUAGCUAGAGCGUGGGGGAGGUGUCUCAUUCUCGGCGUGCUGUGUGCCGCAGGAGUGUUCUUCCCCAUGGGCAAGGGGUGCUACAGAGUGGUGAGGCUGCUGGAGGACGAGGCUGUGCUCAUGAGCUCGCGGGACAGAGUGCCCUUCAUGCUGCUGCUCGAAGUCCUCAACUGCCUCCCCUUGAGUGCACGCAAGGCCGGCACGGCACCUGAGGGCAUGGCGCCGGCCAAGACAGGCAUCCCUCUAGCGGCCAGCCAGCCCCUGCCCAUGCGCCCUCCCCCCUGGGCGCUGCACAUGUGGAGCCACGCGCGCCCCGCCUCUCAACACGCACAGGAUGCCCCCCUGGGUCUCUCACGCACCUUGUCAGACGUGGCUCUGGACCGAGCCAUGGCCAGCAUGUACUCCCGCAUGCGCCUUGUGCAGCUCAGCCUUGAAGUCUGCAAACGCCCACCUGCUCCUGCUGCUGCUGCUGCUGCUGCUGUCGCUGCGGCUGCUACUGCUACUGCUACUGCUACUGCUGAUGCCACUGCUACUGCGCCUGCUGCUGGUGUCAGGACAGACAUUCUGAGUCAAGUGCAGCAGGCAGUAGCAGCUGGAGCAGCACUGGCUGGUGCACGCAGCAAGCCCAACCUGAGUCCAAGCGUCCCUUCUGUGGCAUCCAACACGGAUACAGAAAAGGGGGGCGAUGCAGAGCAGGCAGAGUGGGAGGAGUACGUGAGUGUGAGGCUGGUGGCGGUGCCAGGGGUGACUCUUGAUGACCUCACAGGCCUGGAUGCUGUCAGCCUCUCCCGUGGUCGAGCCAGAGUGCCCAGCAGCCUUGCCAUCGCGCAUGUCCGAGCAGUCACCCAUCAAGGCGAAGGGCCUCCUCCAGGCAUGCCUGUCACCAGUCCUUCGUCAGGAGUCGGCCCCGCUCAGGAACUUCUGGAGAGACAACGAGUGGAUGAGAGUUGGGAGAGUCGCAAGGCAAGAAUACGGCAGUCGUCCAAGUUCGGCACAUCGCCAGACUGGGACCUGCGCAAUGUGUCUCGCUCAUCCUGUCGUUCAUCAGCAAGAGUGUUGAUGCCUGGAGUACCCGGCAACAGAUACACACACACCAUGAUGGAACUUGUUGCUCGCUCUUUUUCCACCAUCUCACCCUCACAUGCUGCCACCUUUCUCGGUCUCACCUCUCAAGAAGCCCUUGCAUUCCUGGAGGCCAGGGACUGGAAAUAUGAUUCUGCAACAGACAUGUUUACACCACCAGUGGUCCAAGCAGGGAAGGACAAGGAACUUGAGGAGGAGCAGAGGCAAUUAGCUCAGGUGAAGCGUCUCACUGAGUAUGUCUUUAAUUUGGAGCAUUGA